AUCAGGUUGGUAUAACAGAACAAGAACUUCUUUGACCGGGUGUUCGGAAGUGACGUGUGCUGUUACUCUCAAUCGCCUGGCAACGGUUCCCUAGAAGCAAACACGCCUGGAGUCGGCUCUGUCAAACACUGGAAGCUGUUCAAUGCUCCUUCUUUCUCUCUGGCUUCGUUUUCAGACCGCAAGGCGACCUCCAUACACACCAACCGGGCUACGAUGAAGACCCUGAAAACACACAGAGUCACUCACCUCCCACUGCAGCCUGCCAACGUCAACAAGCCUCUAGCAGCCACAAAGCAAAGAAACCCAAUAGAACCCGUUAAAAGCAAAAGAGGACCGUCAAACACCCAGCGUGCAGAGAGAGAACAAGCAAUAAAAGCCAGCCAAAAGCAUUCAGACCCGAAUUUCACCACGCCACACAUCACUGCAGCUGAUCCAGAAGUCCACAGAAGUACACAAGCUGCGAAUGUCGGUCCUCCACCAGCCGGUGCGUUUAAAGAGAGGCGCAUAAAGCCGACGGCAUUCCGGAAGUUCUAUGAAAGGGGCGAUUUCCCUGUGGCUGUGGAACAUGACGCGAAAGGAAAUCGAAUAGCCUGGAAGGUUGAGAUUGAAAAACUGGAUUACCAUCAUUACCUGCCUCUUUUCUUCGAUGGCCUCUGUGAGACCAGUCACCCAUACGAGUUCUUUGCCAGACAGGGAGUCCACGACAUGCUGGAACAUGGUGGAGCAAAGAUCCUUCCUGUCAUCCCCCAGCUUAUCAUCCCCAUAAAAAAUGCCCUGAACACCCGGAACAAGCAUGUUAUUUGUACCACACUGAAAAUCCUGCAGCAUCUUGUCGUAUCGGGAGAGCGGGUGGGUGAGGCAUUGGUUCCCUACUAUCGUCAGAUAUUGCCUAUUCUCAACCUUUUUAAAAACAUGAACGUAAACUCAGGAGAUGGCAUCGACUACAGUCAGCAGAAACGAGAAAAUAUCGGCGACCUCAUAAACGAGACGCUGGAGGUGUUUGAACGGUUUGGAGGGGAAGAUGCAUUUAUCAACAUCAAGUACAUGGUCCCUACGUAUGAGUCCUGUGUAUUAAAUUAAGCAAAUAGAAAACAGGAAUGUGCAGAAGAACUGAAGUCUUCCUGCUGUAUUUCAAAAUCAUCCUAAUAUUUUUCAGAUAAUUAAGAUGUUAUUUGAAGUAAAAUCUUUUGCAGGAAGUACAUUAUUGAUGGUUAAAACAAGUUAGAAGAUGAUAGAAUUGAAUUAACAGUACACUUCCAUUUUUCAUGUUUAUUUGAUUUGAUAUUUCAUCUUUAAAAAGAUCUCUAGUCCCUAUGGUACCUCGACAGCAGGUAAUGUCCAUUUUAUUAAGGAGUACGCUACAGAAAUUAGCUGAGCGUUUAUGAAAAAUCUGUUCAUGUACACACACAAUAGUAUUGUCUGCAAACACUGAAUUGUUUCUUCAAUAAAACAUUCAUUUUGGAGUUAUAUUCUCCAUUUCAUCUUUUUUUUAAUGCUAAGCCUAUGAGGAUGAUUUUUCAGUUGUCAGGCUUAGGUUCCAGUGUUCUGAGGAUGUAUAGC